AUGUCGGGAUGGGGUCCGAUCAAGGAUCGGGAUAGAAUAGGAAUUGCUAUUUAUAACUAUCUGGAUUGGUAUUUCGGCGGACUAGUCCGGAAUACCGGUAUCCGGGGUAUAGUUCCGAAGGUGUAUAUCCGAACCCUGGAACUAGACCGGGGUUCAGGAGGAGCUGUUGUCCUGGAAGCAACAGCUAUGCUAAGGGAGUGGGGUAGAAUGCUGCGUAAUAUCUACGUUCAGCGAGACAAGAAGAUUUUUCAAGAUAUUAAACAUUUUGCAGAUAUCAUUACUGAUCAGAUAGGGUUCAGGGCAAGUUUAAUCUGUGGAAAACUGCCGGCUGAGGAGGUGAGAGAUUUAAAAACAAAACUAACAACACAGAUGGAUUUGUUAAACCACGUGCUUCAACUAGAUCUAGUUGUCAGGGAUGCCGAGGGUAAUAUUCUUAACCCUGAAAAGACUUCCGCCGUUGAACUCUUCAGACAGCAUAACCUCUCCUCAGAGAGAAGAACCAAGUACAACUCAAACUCCUCCUCUAAAUCCAACUCCUACAUGCUACUUCUCUCCGUGAAGAACUUCACCUGGAAGAGAUCCGAGGAUAUGGAGCUGUACAUAUCUGUGUACAUGACUGGAGGAAGUACUGCAGAACAAAAAGCGCCCAGACCGUUGUGUGAGAACUAUGUUAUUAAAUGGACACGGCAAGGGAUGGCCAAGGAUCUAGAUCAGCUCAACAAUUUUAGGGUCGUGUUUACAGAUCUGAGUAAGAAGGAUGUGUCCGGCCAAGAAGGACGGAUCUGGUUGGUUUGUAAUGUUAUAGGAGAUGGGAACUACCAGGCUCUAGCCUCAGAAUUCCAGAUAAACAAAUCUUUCUCUCGGAACGACAUCACUAUGAAGUCCAGCUUGAGCUUCAGGAAGCCCUUGGGGGUAGCAGCGACCGAGGUGACGGACUACUUCAACCAGACAAACAAGAAUAUAAACGGCGGAGAUAAGGAGUUUAUGAUACCGUUCCUACCCAGUGGUUCAGAUGCAGAAACCCUGGAGAACACAUUCAAGAAACUAACCUCAGAGAAGCGGGAAGGGUUAAAAGCUCAAGGACCCGGGCUCUGGGUGUCCCUCAAGGUUCUCCAAGGGGACCUCACCUCUAUGCAAGAGGGGAGUAAGAGUCAUCUUGUGGUAGGACGACCCUGUAUAGCGCGUAAGAUCGGGUUUCCAGAACUCAUUCUUCCCAACGAUGUGAGAAACGAUCUUUACGUGAAUAUAUACGCCGGAGAACUUUCUAGACUAAGUAAAUCAGCAGAUAGAAAUGUUGAGGUUGUGAUUGAAGCUGUAGAUGAAGCAGGAUACGUUCUUCCUGAAGCUGUGAGUUCUGGAGGUAGUUCUCCGUUAUCACAGGAGUUCUCUACAGUUGUAUACUACCACGAGGGUAAACCCCGAUGGAACGAGGUGGUUCGUGUUCUAGUUCCUGUCGAGCAAUACAACCAGGUUCAUCUCAGGUUCACCUUCAAGCACAGAUCCAGGAACGAGGCCAAGGAGAAGCAGGGUCCGGCUCCCUGGGCACUAGCCUACCUCAAACUAGUAAACGAUUCUAACGGAACAACGUUGAAGGACGGAUACCACGAUCUCCUUGUGUAUAGGAUAGACAAGAAGUUUGAUAUGAAUAAUCCAACCUACCUAGACCUUCCAAGCCUCAAGACAUCACAAUCGCACAAGGUGAAGUUCCAACCUUACAAUAACUUCCUCACGCUGAUCACUAAAGACGUGUUGACAGUAUACACCACCUUGUGUUCUACUAAACUAACACAGAAUAUUGGACUUCUCUCCCUUCUCAAGUGGAGAAGCGAACCGGAGAACCUGAAGCACAACCUUACAAUGUUCACUAAGGAGGUUAAGGCCGAGGAGGUGGUCAAAUUUCUCCCAGAUGUUCUGGACGCUCUCUUUUCCAUACUCAUGGAGAACAGUGACAGUGAGCUGUAUGAUAACCUUGUGUUCGAGGCUCUUAUUGCAGUCAUUGAAAUGGUAACAGGAGACAAGUUUAAACAGUUUAUUCCUGUGUUGGAGGUGUACAUCAACGAGAACUACUCGGCUACCCUGGCCUACAACAAACUCCUGGUUGUCUUCAAGGACUAUGUCGAGGCUGCAACUGGAAACCGGAACGGGUCGCUACCGACCUCGGUUCUGGAAAUAAAGAGAAAAACUGAGAAAUUGGCUCAAGCAACUAACUCCCUUCAGUUCUUGUUCAAGUUUGUCGUUAGAUCUAGAAUGUUGUUCUCCGCUCUUAACGGAGGAAAAGGAGCUGAACCUUUCGAAUCUAUGCUUCGGGAGGUUUUGUUAUCACUUGUUAAACUUAUGUUCGGAAGUCAGCCUGAAAUACAGAGAAUACAAGAGUCUUGUCUCCGUCAUAUAGUUUUAGCAGUUCCUGAUCUGAUUCAGGUGUUCCCUAGACGAAACCUUGCAGAGAUAUUAAUGAAAAUGAUCAGUUCCCUGCCUAUAGGACAACUCUCAGAACAGAAGCUAGCAACCCUUCAGGACCUGGUUCAUAGUCAACUAUUCCUACACUCCGACUGCCGCCAGGUUAUCCUUCCUGUUCUUUGCUCUGGGAUUGAUGUAGUUCUGACUAAACCCGGAGCUACCUUUGCUCUAACAGCUACUCAAGCUCUUGGAGAUUGUCUGGAUAAACUGAAUAAUACUGAGGAGUUUCAGACUAAUGCCGAGGAUAUUAACACCAUAAUUAACUAUUUAUUAAGAACUGUGAUCCAAUGUGUAGCAAACAGGACCCAGAGUGACGUAAAUGCUCCAUCUAUUGUGACAAAUAUGAUCUCAAUCUUUAGGUUGAUGUCGUCUUCGCAUUUCUCCUGCUACAUCCAAGGGUUCGAACCUGACUCCGAGGCUGGUCGACAGAACCUGCUGGAUUUUGUAAUGGAGGUUCUUCUCAUGUUCAAGGAUUUAAUCAAACACAACAUCUAUCCGAAGGACUGGGCGGAGAUGACAAUGCUGAUGAACUCAGUGGUUCUCAAUGCACUCAGACAACUCUCACAUACAAUCAGAGACUUUUUCUCCAUCUAUUUUGAAAAUGACGCGUGGAACAAUUUCUUCGAAUGUUCAAUCUCGUUUCUAACCCAGCCGAGCCUCCAGGUCGAGGAGUUCUCCCAGAUGAAGAGAGCCAAGAUCCUGUCCACCUACGGUGACAUGAGGAAACAGAUGGGUCUGGAGAUUAAAACUAUGUGGUUUAAUCUUGGUCAGCACAAACAUAAGUUUAUACCAAGCAUGGUUGGAAACUUCCUGGAGAUGACUCUGAUCCCUGAUAUAGAUCUUAGGAACGCAACUAUUCCGAUCUUCUUCGACAUGAUGCAGUGUGAGUUCUACUCUGGUGGAUCUAGAAACGGAUCAAGGAUCUCCCUAAACAACCUUCCUGCAGAGGAGAGAUCGUCACAUAAAGGAAACUUUAAGGAUUUUGAGAACGAGAUGAUUAGUCAGCUUGAUCAUAUGGUGAUGGAGGGGGGGAAGGGGGACGGAAUGUACAAGGAUAAGUUCAGGGAUAUCUUGAUGAACCAGUGUGAGCAGCACAUGGCCCUGAAGGAGCUAGGCACCCAGUUUGUCCAGACUCUAACCCGUCUGAUGGAGUUAUUGUUGGAGUACCGAAGUAUACGGCAGGAGGAGAGCCGGGACAACCAGAUGUCCUGUAUCGUAAACCUCCUGGAGUUCUACAACGAGCACAAGAGAGAGGAGAUGUUUAUCCGACAUCUCAAGAAACUCUACGAUCUCCACAUGGAGUGUGAGAACUGGGCUGAGGCAGCGUUUACUCUGGAGAAACAAACCACAAUGCUCCGAUGGACAGAGGAGACACUGAACCCAAGACUAUGGCACGCCAGAUAUAGUGACUGUAAGAUCCACCGUGAUUUGAAGAUUGCUCUGUAUGUCGAGAUGAUAGAUUUGUUUGACCGUGGGCAAAUGUGGGAGCGUGCACUUGAAUUUAGUCGACAACUUGCGCAUCAAUAUGAGGAGGAAAUUGUAGAUUUCUACGAAAUGGCUAAGUUGAGGACCCAGGAGGCCGGUUUCUACGACAAUAUCAUGACAAGGUUGAGACCGGAGCCGGAGUACUUCAGGGUUGCGUUCUACGGACGGAGCUUUCCUGCUUUCCUUCAAAACAAGGUGUUUGUCUACCGUGGGAAAGGAUUUGAACGCUUGCCCGAGUUUCAAUCCAGGAUCUUGGAUCAGUUCCCUACAGCGGAGCUGAUGACUAAACUAUCAGCGCCUACGGAUCGAGAAAUGGAUCAGCCCGGUCAGCUGAUCCAGGUGAAUAAGGUUGAACCUAUUCUCCAUGUACCGAAACGUCUGCACGGUAAAACAGUUGAUCAGCAGAUAAUCAACUAUUACAAGGUGAACGAGGUGAGUCAGUUUAUGUAUUCCCGACCGUUUAAACGAUCUACCGGUGGGUCCGAGGAUGAGAACGAGUUUGCUUCUUUAUGGAUUGAACGAACUAUUCUCAACACAUCCCACCAACUUCCGGGUAUUCUGCGCUGGUUUCCCGUUGUGAACCUUGAAGUGUUUGAACUCUCUCCUCUGGAGAAUGCAAUAGAAACCAUGCAGAAUAUUAAUAGAGAUUUAAGAACUCUGCUUCAAGAACAUGUUCUCAGCAACUCUCCAGUUCCACUUAAACCCUUGAGCAUGAAACUAAACGGGAUUAUUGACGCUGCUGUUAUGGGAGGAACUGCAAUGUAUGAAAGAGCCUUCUUCUCAGAUGAGUUCCGGUCCUCGAACCCGGAGCAGAGAGAACAGUUGGUUGUUCUAGAGAACCUAAUGGCGGAGCAAAUUCCACUCCUGGAAAUAGGAAUCAAAAUACACGAUGAGAAGAAACCAGAUGAGCUGAAACCUCUCCAUGAGCGUUUAACCCUCAUGUUUGGACAAAUGAAAGAGCAUGUUGAGUCUAAAUACGGACAAAGAUCCGUCGGACCGGAGUUUAAGUUUAGAAAUCCUCGUCGACACUCUGCCAGUCGAGGUUCAACCUCGGGGGUCUCAUCUUGGACAACAUCAACACGUCCCAACCUGGAGACAAGGAUCAGUGAUAAAAGCGACGGGGACGCAACCCCUGUCACCAAGUCUAAAUCGAACCUGAUGGCAAACUUGAAAAUGAAUCGGAAAAGAUCUCGAGCAAGCGAGGAUAGGAACUCAACACCUAGACCUAACAAUAUAAGGCCCAUCCCGGAGAAUGAAAAUAUGGGGUCUACCCUUCGUAUUCACUCUCGUAGCUCCGUCACUAUCCCGGAGCUUGUUCGUCCUUCCAGUCCGGCUCAAUCGAACCGGGACUCCAUGAUAUCCGCCAGUUCCGCCGGAAGUGACUCCGCCCCUCCAGUUCCGCCCAAAUAUUCUAUAGGAAGCUCACCCCUCCCGUCACGGUUCCUUAAUAUAACUGAGGAGUCGUAUUCAUCCCUUCAGGAUUCAAUACUCUCAAACCAAUCCCUUCUUGAGAACCUGUCUCUUGAACCACGUCCUCCACCCCAUUCACACAACAAAACCUCUCCGCCCAACCACAUCAUGAGCUCAAAGAAGAAGCCCGCCCCUCCACCUCCGGUGACCACGCCCCCAACCCCGCCUAAAAAGGCUCCUUUAAGGCUUCCAGUUCAUAAUUUAUAGAUGUUUAACUUCCUAGCAAUAAUUAAUGAAUUUGUGAAAUUUUCUAAAUGUUGUGAAUGUUAUCGUUUCCCGGGGGGGAAGCUUUAAUUGGUGAAACCAAAGAAAGAAAAAAUAUAAUAUUUUGCAAUGUCGGUUAGUAUAGGAGUGCAAUAAUAUUUGUGAUCAAGAUGAAUUAAAUCGAUUUUCUUACACAGAAACCAAAAUCAAUAUUUUGCUAGUCAACUCUCUGCUCUUGUUAAUUUGUAUCUUGUUCUUGUUCUUGUCCUUUUUUUGUUUAUUUGCUUAAAUGUAUAAGUGCCAAGUUUGGAAACGCUUUGAUUGUUACUUGUUAAAAUAUAAUCAAUGCCAAAGGCACAAAAUAUUUUAAUAUUUAUGAAAAAUGCAACCACCCUUUCUUUAUGAGGAACAAAAGGAACAGAGUAUUAUGAAUACUCUUUUUCAAAUAUUCUUAAAGAGUAUUUAGGCUACAAAGCUUCUAAAUUUUUUUCUUAACGCAGACUUUCAAAUUUUACAUAUGCCAAUUUUGAACUUGCCAUUUUUUUUAAUUCUAUAGAUUGAAGACAUAUAUCCAAAACAAUU